GGAUGCGCUGCCUGCCGCUUGCGCUGAUGGGGCUGCUCUGCGCCAGGGCCAUGGCCUGGACGUCGAGCGGGAAGACGCACCCCGAGCUCGUCAGCAACCUCUACAAAAAAGGGAUAAUUAAAUCCCAGCGAGUCUAUGAUGUGCUGUUGGCUACUGACAGAGGUCACUACAUCAAGUACUUCCCAUACAUGGAUUCUCCUCAAUCUAUCGGAUACAAGGCUACAAUCAGUGCACCGCAUAUGCAUGCCCACGCACUGGAGCUGCUGAAGGAUCAGCUGGUGGAAGGCGCGAAAGCGCUGGAUGUUGGCUCUGGCAGCGGAUAUCUUACAGCUUGCUUUGCCAGGAUGAUGGGCCCAACAGGGAGAGCCGUGGGCGUAGAGCACAUCAGAGAGCUGGUGCACGAAUCCAUCAGAAACGUCCAAGAAGAUGACCCGACUCUGCUCAGCUCUGGCCGCGUGAAGCUUGUGGUCGGAGACGGCAGGCAGGGAUACCCCGACGAGGCUCCUUACGAUGCCAUUCACGUUGGAGCGGCAGCAGCGACCGUGCCGACGGAGCUGCUGAAGGAACUGAAGCCAGGAGGCCGGUUAAUUCUGCCCGUUGGUCCCGAGGGAGCAAACCAAGUUCUGAUGCAGUACGACAAAACCAGCGACGGGCAGAUCGUCGAAACGCAGCUGAUGGGCGUCAUCUACGUUCCUCUGACAGACAAGGAAAAGCAGUGGCCCCGGUAA